GGGGCGGGGCCAGCCUCACCCGGAAUGAAAAUAAACGGCGGCCGCUGCCGCAUCCGGGCACUCGGCGGGUCGCGGCGGGCGCGGUGGUGGCGCAGGAUGGCGCAAAAGAAAUACCUUCAAGCAAAAUUGACCCAGUUCUUAAGGGAAGACAGAAUUCAACUUUGGAAACCUCCAUAUACAGACGAAAAUAAAGAAGGCGGUUUGGCGUUGAAGGACCUUGCUAAGAAGUACUCUGACAGGCUAGAAUGUUGUGAAAAUGAAGUAGAAAAGAUAAUAGAAGAAAUACGUUGCAAAGCAAUUGAGCGUGGCACAGGAAACGAAAAUUAUAAAACAACAGGAAUUGCUACAAUUGAGGUCUUUUUACCUCCACGGCUAAGAAAAGAUAGGAAAAACCUGUUGGAGACCCGACUGCACAUCACUGGCAGAGAACUGAGGUCAAAAAUUGCUGAAACCUUUGGAUUUCAAGAAAAUUAUAUCAAAAUUGUCAUAAACAAGAAACAGCUUCAACUAGGGAAAACCCUUGAAGAACAAGGAGUGACGCACAAUGUGAAAGCUAUGGUGCUUGAACUAAAACAGUCUGAAGAGGAUGUGAGGAGACACUUCCAGCUUGAAGAAGAAGAGCAAAAUAAAGCCGAACUAAAAGAAAAAAGGAUUCAGAGGACCAAGAGAGGCCUGGAGAUCCUGGCAGAGAGAGCGGAGAUGGUGGUGGAUCCAGAAACCACACCAUAUUUAGACAUAGCUAACCAGACAGGCAGAUCAAUCAGAAUUCCUCCUUCAGAAAGAAAAGCCCUUAUGUUAGCUAUGGGAUAUCAUGAGAAGGGCAGAGCUUUCCUGAAAAGAAAAGAAUAUGGAAUAGCCUUGCCAUGUCUGUUGGAUGCUGACAAAUACUUCUGCGAGUGCUGCCGGGAGCUGCUGGACACGGUGGACAACUACGCGGUCCUGCAGCUGGAUAUAGUGUGGUGCUACUUCCGCCUGGAGCAGCUGGAGUGCCUGGACGACGCAGAGAAAAAAUUAAACCUGGCUCAGAAGUGCUUUAAGAACUGUUAUGGAGAAAACCAUCAGAGACUGGUGCACAUAAAAGGGAACUGUGGGAAAGAGAAGGUAUUGUUUUUAAGACUUUACUUGCUUCAAGGUAUCCGAAAUUAUCACAGUGGAAAUGGCGAAGAGGCUCGUGACUAUCUCAACAAGGCACGUCAGCUCUUUAAAGAGUUAUAUAUUGAUCCAUCAAAAGUUCACAAUUUGCUGCAGUUGGGGUUUACCGCCCAGGAGGCCCGGCUCGGCCUGCGGGCAUGUGACGGGAACGUGGACCACGCGGCAGCCCAUAUUACCAACCGCAGAGAGGAAUUGGCCCAAAUAAGGAAAGAGGAAAAAGAGAAGAAAAGACGCCGGCUGGAGAACAUCAACUCUUUGAAAGGAAUGGGCUACUCUACUCACGCGGCCAAGCAGGCCCUGCAUCAGGCCAGCGGGAACCUGGACGAAGCCCUGAAGAUUCUUCUCAGUAAUCCUCAGAUGUGGUGGUUAAAUGAUUCAGACCCUGAAACCAACAACCAUCAAGAAAGUCCUUCCCAGGAAAAUAUUGACCAGCUGGUGUACAUGGGUUUUGACGCGGUGGCGGCCGACGCUGCCUUGAGGGUGUUCAGAGGAAACGUGCAGCUGGCAGCUCAGACCCUGGCCCACAACGGGGGAAGUCUUCCUCCUGACCUGCAGCUCGUGGUGGAGGACUCGUCUUCAACGCCAUCCACAUCCCCUUCCGAUUCCGCAGGUACCUCCAGUGCCUCAACGGAUGAAGACAUGGAGACAGAAGCUGUCAAUGAAAUAUUGGAAGAUAUUCCAGAACACGAAGAAGAUUAUCUUGACUCAACUCUGGAAGAUGAAGAAAUUAUUAUUGCAGAGUACUUAUCCUAUGUAGAAAAUAUAAAGUCAGCAACAAAGAAAAACUGAAUAAUGAGGAGAAAUAAGUACUGAGGUUUUGCUUAUAAAUUCUAUCAUUAUGAAAAAUCAAACGCAGGUCUUUUUUUCCUUCUUUUCAUCUGAUUUUGCUGCGAGAGUGCUUCCUCCUUGGCCAGAGGGGCGGCAGGGGGCGGGGGCUGCCGGGAGGGGGAAGGGCGCGGCCUCGGGCCUGAUCUGUUCUUCCCCGCUGCCUUCCGAUGCUGCAGCCCCACCGGUCUUCCCCGCUUGGCUUCUUUUACCCGGAAACGGGAAGGACAUUUACUUCCGGAGAAUAGGGUGGGCCGGGGAAGGUCUCCAGGAAGAGCUAAUGGGGAGGGGAAGCAUCCAGACCCAGCUCCUCGUCGCUGUGCCCCGCUCUGCUGCCCUUCUGAGCUCACAGCGGAGCUCUUCCUCCCUUCUUGCUGCGGCCUCACCGCCCAUCCCGAAAACGCCCUUUAAACCGGCAGCCAUUCCACGCGCUUUGGGGGUCUACAGAUGAGGCACCCCGCGGCAGCCGUACCAGGUUGUGGCAGAUGGAAAGUCAGUGCUCCAUGCUUAGUUUAGUAAAACGUGUAUUUGAAAUUCAAGGUUGAAGCUGAGAAUUUAUAGCUGUUCAAAAUUCUUUAUAAAAAUAAAAUCUUUUGUUAAAUGGGAAAGUCUUAAGUGCUAACCAAAGUAAUUAAUUUUUAAUUAGCGUUUUCAGAUGCUGUGCUGUCAUACUAAACUCACUGCUCGCUGAGGUAUCAGAGAUUAAGAUCUAUUUUCUCCAGAUUUGUGGGGGGUUUUGGUACACCUGUGUCACAGCAGACUGUUUCUAAAGGUACACAGCCUCUUAAUGGCCCAAAUAAGCACUCUCGCCGCGCCGUCCGUUCCUCUGGAGCUGUGUGAUGAAUGAAAGCCUGGUCCAGCCAGGACACAGCUGGCAGCAGCAGUGUGCGGAAUCGAGUGCCAGAUGUGUUCCUGCCCCUCUUCCUGCCCUUCCAGAAGUCGCUGGAAGCUCCUGCGACGGAGGGCAGACGGUCACAUUGCUGCCGUCGGGGCUGGCUGAAAUGUUUGACUUCUUCACUAAUCAUUUUCAUAAAGCUUGAACAGCAGUUCAGUUUGAAUGGGUGGGAAUCUUUUCUGUCAUUUUUAAAAUGGUGAUACAGAUGGAAAUAAAAGGUGGAAAAUAUAUUCAAAAA